AUGGGCAAAAGAAGUAACAAUUUUGGUGGCCCUUUAAUUGAGAGUACUUCUAGAAGUUUAUCUGCGUCUGAUGGAAAUGAUGAUAAUAGCACUACCAGGCCACCCGCAGUGCCGCCUAAUACGCCCUCCUCUUCUUUAUCCUUAUCAGAUGAUAGUGAUGACGGUGAUAAUGACAACUGUGAACAAGUUCAAUCGGAGAACACGGAAGUAGAAGCUGUUAAUGAUAACCGAGAGGAAAUGCCUGAAAAUGAUGAUCUUAAUUCUUUUAACUGUGGAAGUACACUUUCUUUGCAGUCAGAACAACAAGAGCAACAACAAACAUUCCCGACUCCUUUUGAUGAUCAUCAACUGAACGAUGCUGAGAGGAUUCUUUUUGAAAUAUCCCGUGAUCUUCUCGCCGAGCUGGAAACUCAGAUGGAGGUUGAAGUGACUAAAACUCAAACUAGAUCAUCACCACCACAACCACAACCUCAAAACUUUGAUGACAACUCUUUUUCUUCAGUACUUUCCUUAGGCAAUCUUUUCAACAGCGGCAGCAGCAGCAACAACAGUCGUACACUUUCAAACUCCACCUCAACGCCUAACUUUUCAAACUCUUUAAAUAGCAGCACUCGUCUAAACAGCAAUCCCUUCAGUCGACUGAACUCCCAAAACUCCACCAACUCCUCCUCAAACAGCUCACUGCCCUGCAUUGACUCUCUCUAUCACCCUCCACCGCCGUACACACCUCCAGACAGUCCAGGCGUUCUUAGGACUACUCGAUCUCUCAGAGUAGUUCAACAACAGCAGCAACAGCAACAACAAUUUGAAUUUGUUGACGACCAGAAUAAUCCUUUUCUGUCAUCAGUUUCAUCAGCAGAUCCAUCACCACCACCACCACAGCAAUCACUACCUCCUCGACCUUCACUUAGUCGGCUAAACUCCCGCAUUUUCACCAACUCCACUUCUAAUCUGCACUCUCUUGAAGAGAGGGCUGAAGAGGAGGAAGAUGUUGAAGAAGAAGAGGAAGAGGAAGGUAUUGAUGGUGAGUCUGAGGAUAAAGAUGAGGAUGAGGAUUCUGAAGAUGAGGACGAGGACUCUGAACCGGAAAUUGUUGGCCCAAUCUGUCAACCGCCACCUCCCUACCUUAAACGUUGCGAUAAUCGCCUUGACACUUGCAAUCUGCCGCAGCCGUGCACCAGCC